AUGACCGUGCGGAAUCGAGCAGCUGCAAGAGCUCGAUUGAUGUUCAUGACGGGCCUUGGCAUCCUGCUACAGCAUCAAAGUGGAGAGGCCAUGAGAGAUGUCCAAUCCAUCAGCGCUCUCACUUUCUGCGCAUCCGCGUGGCAGAAAAGGCCUACGCAACGCAGCUCUCGUGCUGCCAAAGUUGACGGUUCCAUCGGGGGAACUGAUUGGUGUGCCUAUGUCAUCAACCUCGCCCGACGGCCUGACCGCCUGGCCCGUCUCCAUGAGCUCCUGGGAGCGACGAAUCCCUUGCUAUUGCAAAGGCUACAGCGUGUUGAUGCCGUCGAUGGCACGAACAUCUCCUUGGAUUCUGCCGCAGCGAGCAAUGUGGUCGAACCUCAGGCCCUCAGCCGGGCAAGGCGCGCCAAGCGCAUGGGCCUGUAUAGCAUCGUGCACGAUGAGGAGAACAACUUGCUGAACUUUGACGACCAUUUCACCGAGGGCGCCAUCGCUUGUGCGAUGUCUCAUCGCAAGGCGCUAAAGCUGGUGGCGGAGCACCCGACAGCACAAUGGGGGCUGAUCCUGGAAGAUGACGUGUCUCUGGUGGUUCCUCAGGUUCAGCACAAACUGGCUGAGAUCCUGGAACAACUGCCUGAACACUGGACAGCAGUUUUCCUGGGGUACCAUAACAAAUAUGGAUGUCCUCAUCCUCUUGCCGUGAAUGCAAGUGGAUCAGUUCCUAAGCCUGACCCGCUUGGAAAGGAGCGAGUCUUCGAGAUUCAUGAUCAUUCCUGGGGCUUGUAUGCCUGGAUGGUGAAGAAGGAGGCUGCAGCGUCGCUGGUCAAGAAUCUCUUCCCGAUCAGCAGCCAAGUGGACUAUGCCAUCUCCAGAUUUCUCAUCAGCAGACACGGUGGGGUCUUCAGCGUUCAUCCUGAUCGCCUGCUGUUCUACAGCCCCACCAGUGAAGAAGGCCAAGAUUCGGACAUCCAAACCAUGCGCAGCGAGGGGGGCAUCGUGGAGGAGUUCGGAUCCUGGCAUGACUACAUGCAGGUCCAGAGGCCAACCUCGUACGACGAGUGGGAGGCCGAGGACGAGGCUGUGGAAAGGCAGCAUCUUUUAGCUUUGUACGGCGGUUUCCAGGACCUCUACAACAUGCUUGGUGAGGAGAGCUUCGAUGAGUCAGUGGAUGCCAGAGAGUAUCCCACGCUCUGGCGAGCUCUUGACUGCCAGGAUCCAAAUGCAGAGCGGCGUUGGAUCACGGAUCACAACUGCUUUGCCGCCUUCUCUUUGGCCCAGGUCCGUGAGAUCUUCCUGCGCCGCCCCUGGCUCUGUGUCACCUGCGAGGAUGGCACCUGGGCGGUGACAGGUGAUGGAGAGCUCCUGCCUUGGCCGAGUGACAUCCCAACGGAUGCAGUGCUGUGCGUGCCUGCCCUUCAAGCCGUCUUCGCCAUGUCCUGUGAGACUCAAGACUCGGUGCUCUGUGCCUGGCAUCGUGCUGGCCGCGAGAAGUGGCGGCGGCAGACCGGCCUGAAGCUGUUGCGGCCGCUCUACUAUGUUGAUUGCCUGAAUUCACUCUGCGCGGGCUGCUUCGAGGGAGUCUACACCUGGGACGCGGAGUCAGGCGUGCCGCAAUGGCACGCCAGCACGCCACUGCCCGUGGACCGGAUUUGGCAGACGAAGCUACUUUGCGCUCGAACCAGCGAAGUUCUCGGGCUGACCUCUCAACUUUUGGUUUGGCACACCCCGGCCGUGGCAAAGGAUGCAAAGGACGUCUCAUGGCAGAAGACGACCUCUGAGAUGAUUAUGGCCCUCGCAUGCGACCAGCGGCAUCUCUAUGCGCGAGUGGGUGGCACCAUUCAAGCCUGGCAUUGCGAGACGGGCCAGGAACUUUGGCAGACGCAUGAGCACGUGCUGCCACGAUUGCCCACAGUUCCAACUUAUUUGCAGCAUUGGGAUGGCAAACUCCUUGUGGCGGCAGGCAGCUGCAUCAGUGCGCUGAAUGCAGAAACAGCGGGAACAUUGUUUCGAUCCGCGUUUGAGGGUUCUGUGGUCAAAACCUAUCCCAUUGGCACAGAUUGCAUGAGCAUGGUGGCUCUGAUCCGGGCCAACUGCUAUGCAUUGGCUGCUGUUGAUUUGCAUCGAGGUACCAUGUGUUCAGCAGAGCUCGACGGCCGUCCCAGCUGCUCCCUUGGCUGGCGCAGCUUGGUCAUCCUUGCGCUGGGCGAUAGCUGCGAUGGCGGCUCGGUGCUGGCGUGGGACCUGUCCAGCCGAAGUUGGCGCUGGGAGCGGGGAUUUGCAGACGCCGUCCUCAGCCUGUGCAAGGACGCGACCCGCAUCUUCGCGGCUGGUCUGGGCUUCGUUUGUGCUUUGAACCCUGGUGAUGGGCAGAUUCUGUUUCUGACCGAGAUGAGCGGUUUGCCCAGUUUGGGCAUGCCGCACAAUGGCCGGCUCAUGGUGAUCAAGGCUGAAAGCCCGUCUUUAGACGCACUUUGCGACAGAUCGGGCACACAGAGCCGUCCGCGUUCUGCGAAGAGUGCAGGCACACAGAGCCGCCCACGUUCUGCGAAGAGUGCAGGUGUGCGAAGCAAUGCCAUGUCAGCGCCUCACUCCCGCCCAGAGUCUGAGAGGGCCGCCAGGCAGAAGCAUCGGCCUAGCCCGCCAGUGGCCCCAUUGCCUACGCCGCCAUCGGCACCCCCAGUUUCACCAGCUCAGCCUCCUGCCGCAACGCUGGCUGAGCACCAGGAGCCGCCAGCAUGUGGCACUACAAAGGUGGCAUGGGCAGUGGCAGGCCCCACGCGUCUCUUCCAGCACAGCAGCUCCCAGCCGCACUUGCCGCCGGAGCGCGCCAAGGAGCUCGUUCGCCGCCUCUCCCUUCCUCGAUGGCCACGCAGGAGCCGCGUCCAGGAUCUGGAGGCUGAGCAGAAAGUGGUCUUGAAGCGUCCGGCGUCAGCUCCUUCAGCCCCGAUGAGAGUAGAGGAGCAACGCCAGCGCUGUGACAGUCUAGCAAGGCCCAAAGCACGGCCUCCGCAGUUCAGAUACAAGCUCAGAUGCCGACGCCGUUGUUCGUCGGCGGUGGUGAAUGCGCAGAAGGCGAGCAUGCAGCGCCUGGCGCAACCCAAAGGCACGGGGGCGCCGGGAAAAGACGAUAUUCAAGAGGAGGGCUCUGAAGACGAGUGGAAGGGCCAGGCACACGGGCGAGAUCUCAGUGUUCCCAGGCUACACAUCUCGCAGCCCUGCGGCGCUUCUGCAGGCAACAGUCUUCGUGGCCCUGGCAGUGCCAGCAAUGAAGGUGGCUGUUCUGGAGCGUGGAUGCUGCAGGUUAUGAAGCACAACGCCGCUGUACAGCGGGGCGAGGUCCUCUUGGACUUGGCGAAGAACACGGGCAAGCCUUUCUGGGCGUUGACCGAGUACGGCAGAAGCAUGGGCAACAUUCACAGCUACUCGAAGGGCUUGGGACAUCUGAUUCCCACUGGCUGGAGCACAGACGGCACUGGAGGUGUGUUCAGGUCCAUCCUCCGAGCAGCGCGCACGGAGACACCAUGGCGCAGGCUCCUGAUGGACUACUGCGGCCUCAAGGGUGGCAAGGUCCGCUUGUGGUGGUUUUACAGCCGAAAGGAUGACGAGAAAAAGCACAGCUUCCGCGAGUUGGAUCGAGAGGCGCUUGGAGAUGAGGAAGUUCCAAGCCACGUACGUGUGGUAUCCAAAGUGAUCCCCAUCGAUGCAGACGGGAAACUUGCUCGAGGCGACGAAAAGACCAGCGGCGAGAAGCUGGCCGAGCAAAUCUUCCAGGCGGCCGCUGAUCCGUCCUUCAAGCCCCAGGUGGAUGUGACCUCAGCAGAGGUCACAGGCGGCGUUGGGCAGCUCUCUCAAUUCCUCUGGGACUCGAACCUGCUGGGCCGAGUGGAGGGCUCCCAGGUGGACAUCAUCGUGGCGCCAAACGUCUUCACAGCCUGGAGAAAGGCCUCUGCUGAGAAUCGGGCGGUCGCCAGAGUCAAGCAGAUUGACCUGGUGUCAAGAGAUGGGACCAGCCAAGUCUUCAACUUCCCGCCAGGCCGCAAGAUCUACAUUUGCAGCGUGCGGGUGCCUCGAGAGGAGAUGCGCAGCUUCCUGGAGGUCUGCGAGGAGCCUGUGUACACCACUGGUGACCAAAGCCUGGCAGAAGCAAUGUGGAUGGGAAAGGUGCCUUGUGUGAAGCCUGAUGCCAAAGUGCAGCAGUGGCACCUGGCCCUCAUGGCCAAGGUCAGCGGUGUCAUGGACAAAGUACCCGACUUGGGCCAAGAGCUGCGGAAGCUCGUGGCGGAGGAGUCUGCGCGGGAGGCGGCGAAGCGCCGCUCCAAGGAGCGCAGCGAGGCCUGCGAGCGGCAGCUGGUGGCACAGCUCGGUAGCCCUCCAAGCCAGUGGAACUCCACGCAGCAGGUGCUUGCUCGAUCCGGCAUGCUUGGAUGA